GGGCUUGGCUAGGAAGGGGCAAGGGAGGGAAAGAGAGAAAGGGAAAACACACAAAAAAAACUUCUUUCUUUCUCUCUCCGUUUAUCUUCAGCCCGACAUUGUCACCUCCUCUUUGAGGGGUUAGAAGAAGCUGAGAUCUCCCGACAGAGCUGGAAAUGCACUGCACUUUGACUAUGGAAACAGAAGCUAUCGAUGGCUAUAUAACGUGUGACAAUGAGCUUUCACCUGAAAGGGAGCACUCCAAUAUGGCAAUUGACCUUACCUCAAGCACACCCAAUGGACAGCAUGCUUCACCAAGUCACAUGACAAGCACAAAUUCAGUAAAGCUCGAAAUGCAGAGUGAUGAAGAGUGUGACAGGAAACCCCUGAGCCGCGAAGAUGAGAUCAGGGGUCAUGAUGAGGGUAGCAGCCUAGAAGAACCCCUCAUUGACAGCAGCGACGUGGCUGACAACAGGAAAGUCCUGGAGCUUCAAGGCGAGGGAGGAAUCCGGCUUCCGAAUGGUAAACUGAAAUGUGACGUCUGUGGCAUGGUUUGCAUUGGGCCCAAUGUGCUUAUGGUACAUAAAAGGAGUCAUACUGGUGAACGGCCCUUCCACUGUAACCAGUGUGGAGCUUCCUUUACUCAGAAGGGCAACCUUCUGAGGCACAUAAAGUUACACUCUGGCGAGAAGCCGUUCAAAUGUCCUUUCUGCAGCUACGCCUGUAGAAGAAGGGACGCCCUCACAGGACACCUCAGGACCCACUCUGUGGGUAAACCUCACAAGUGCAACUACUGUGGACGAAGCUACAAGCAGCGCAGUUCACUGGAGGAGCACAAGGAACGCUGCCACAACUAUCUCCAGACUGUUAGCAUGGAGGCUGCUGGGCAGGUCCUGAGUCACCAUGUACCUCCUAUGGAAGAUUGUAAGGAGCAAGACCCUAUUAUGGACAACAAUAUUUCUCUGGUGCCUUUUGAGAGACCUGCUGUCAUAGAGAAGCUCACGGGGAAUAUGGGAAAACGUAAAAGCUCCACUCCACAAAAGUUUGUGGGGGAAAAGCUCAUGAGAUUCAGCUACCCGGAUAUUCAUUUUGAUAUGAACUUAACAUAUGAGAAGGAGGCUGAGCUGAUGCAGUCUCAUAUGAUGGACCAAGCCAUCAACAAUGCAAUCACCUACCUUGGAGCUGAGGCCCUUCACCCUCUGAUGCAGCACCCGCCAAGCACAAUCGCUGAGGUGGCCCCAGUUAUAAGCUCAGCUUAUACUCAGGUCUAUCAUCCAAAUAGGAUAGAAAGGCCCAUUAGCAGGGAAACCUCUGAUAGUCAUGAAAACAACAUGGAUGGCCCUAUCUCUCUCAUCAGACCAAAGAGUCGACCCCAGGAAAGAGAGGCCUCUCCCAGCAAUAGCUGCCUGGAUUCUACUGACUCAGAAAGCAGCCAUGAUGACCGCCAGUCCUACCAAGGAAACCCUGCCUUAAAUCCCAAGAGGAAACAAAGCCCAGCUUACAUGAAGGAGGAUGUCAAAGCUUUGGAUACCAAGGCUUCUAAGGGCUCUCUGAAGGACAUCUACAAGGUCUUUAAUGGAGAAGGAGAACAGAUUAGGGCCUUCAAGUGUGAGCACUGCCGAGUCCUUUUCCUAGACCAUGUCAUGUACACCAUUCACAUGGGUUGCCAUGGUUACCGGGACCCACUGGAAUGCAACAUCUGUGGCUAUAGAAGCCAGGACCGUUACGAGUUUUCAUCACACAUUGUUCGAGGGGAGCACACAUUCCACUAGGCCUUUUCAUUCCAAAGGGGACCCCUAUGAAGUAAAGAACUGCACAUGAAGAAAUACUGCACUUACAAUCCCAACUCCCCUCAGAUGUUGACAUACUUUUUUUUUUUUUUUUAAUAUUAUUACUGUUGAUAAUUCUUAUUUUGUGAACGCAGUGUCAUUUGCUCUGCCUAAUUACAAUGAGGAAGAAACAGAAGAGUGAAGGGACAGGGGAUAUUGUUUCUUGAUAACUUGGCUUGUCUGUUUUGUAAGGAUUUAAAAGCAGUUCAUUUCUGCUGCACUUAGAUAUAAGGUUUAUCACACUCUGAAAAUCACUUGAUUAAUACAGAUUGACCUAAGAGAUGCUAAUUUGCCACUGAUGUUAGGGAUUAUGAUUGAACACAAGAAAGCUUAGAGUUUCAUGGGCAAGAUUUUCAGUUUAAAAUGGUAUAAUUAAUUUUACUCUUCAGAGAAGAAUUUGUUUCAAAAUGUAAACCUUUUUUUUUUUUUUAAUGCUAGCUAGAGAUCAUGGAACACAAAUCAAACACAUUAUAAUUCUCAGUGCUAACUCGUAGGAUGAGUUGUCUUUGUGGAUUCUAUGUUUACUUUCCCUAUGGAAUUUAUAAUACAGUAUGAUAUACAUUGUAUCAUAUAGUAAAACUUUUCAACUACAGGUAGUUAAGGACCACCUACAAUACAUCUGAGGUCCUCUGAUCAUAUUUUUCUAAACUUAAGCACUGUUUUUCCAUAGUUUUGAUGACUGGCGUUUUAUAGACACCCUGGCAGC